UGUUUACAGCUUAAACAGCUGCACCGGCGAGAGCCAGCAUUGACGUUCUUUUUGGUUUUGUUAAAAAUUACAGCCGUCAAAAAUGGCAAGUUCGGCUAAAAUGGGCAAGAAACCAAUUUCUCAGAUUGAGCUCCGGCGGAUCAUGAACGAGCAGAAGAAGAAACUGACGCAGACAGUCAAGAAAAUCGAGUCGCCCCUAGCUCGGUACACAGCCAAAGGUCAGCUGUGCUGCGUUUUGUGUGACGCGCCUGUGAAGAGUGAAGGCCUCUGGACGACCCAUUUGGCCAGCAAAGAGCACCUUGCCAAUAUCACAGCGGCCAAAAGAAAAAAGUCCGAGGCGGAAAAGAGGCCAGCGUCUUCAACCUUCGCCGCUCCCCCAGAAAAGAAGCCCAAGGGCAUCCUUGUUUCCGAAGCUGCCAAAAGCACAUCUGCGUCGAGUUCUCAUUCAGCCAUACCCGCUGACUUCUUUGACUCUGAACCAAAGAGGCCAAUCAAAGUUGAAAGUCAGGAAAAGAGGAAAUUUGAACCUCCGAAGCAAAUUAAAUACGAGAAGCCGAGAUCUGCACAGAAAGAAAAGCAAGAAACAUCUUCAUCAUCCAAAGAACAAAAUCCAGCAGAGCUACCUAAUGACGCCUCACUCCCGGAAGGAUUCUUUGAUGAUCCGAAACUUGACGCCAAGGUGCGAAAUGUCGAAUACAAAGAUCCUGUAGAGGAGGAGUGGGGAAAGUUCAUGAAAGCAAUGAAAGAUGAGACCGAGCAGUCGCAUCAAAUCAUCCAGGAAGAUCAAGAGGAGUCGACGGCUGAGCGGCAACUGGAGGAAAUUGAUGAGCAGAUGAGAAAUUGGUCCAGGGUACUAGACCUGGAAAAGAAAAAGGAAGAGGUUGAAAUAAAAACGGCUGCCGCAGAGAAUAUUAAGAAAGAGCUGGAAAGUGACUCUGACAGCGAGGUGGAAGAGGACUUUGACGAAUUUUUAGAUUGGAGAGCAAAACAUUCUUGAAGGUUUACUAGCAUUGAAAUUUAAAUGUUAUAUUUUCUAAUAAAUACUGCAUUUUCAUAUAAUAU